ACUGCCUCGUUAGCCUAUAAAACAUGAAAAUUUCGUGGAGGUUUUACUUGAUUUAUCCUGUAGUUUCAAAAGUUGUUUUCAUUGUUUACUUUCCAUGCAUAUACGGGAAUUCUAACUCAAGCAGUGAUCCAGCAAUUAGACCUUUACAAGUUGGUGACUUCUUUACCGCUCACGAGCUGCUGCCUGUUGCUAGUAAACUUAUCAAUCACGCACUAAAUAAGGGGCGUGGUAGAGGAAUCGUCAGUGGAGCAAGAAAUGCUGAAGAUCUUUGUGACAAACUAUUUCAAGCUCUUUUUAAAAAAUCUAAAAGAUUCUCUAUUCUACGAGCUGUGGAUAUAGACAUAUUGGACGCCUUGCAAGCUUUAGCGAUCUGCGGUGAACCUGUCAAAUUCAGAGGCAAAGAAUCAAUUCAACGGCGCAAUUACUAUUCAAAGCUAAAUAAUAUGACAGACCUUGAAGAGGCUGAACAUUAUUUACUUCACAAAGAGAGUAUACAUACAUUGAUAACAAAAAAAGCAAACGCUACCAAAGCAAUAAAUCCGAAGAAACAACAAAUGGUGCGAAAAUUUUUGAAAAAGGUUCCUCUGCACAAUCCACCGUCGAUGACAGAAAAACCUCCAACGUAUUUAUCCGAACAAUUCAAUAAAAUGUUGGAAAAUCAUCAGAAGGGAAAGAGAAAAAAAGCAUUGAAAAGUGCGAUUGAGUCACCUAUUAUGCAUCACCAGCUAACAGAAAUGCCGGAACUCACUACUAAGGAUCCUUAUAAUCGACAUAAAAAUUCUAAGUGCCGCUGGAUGUAUCAUUGCAAAGAGGACGCAGACAUUCGCUCAUGUCAUGUAAGAGAACAAUGUGAUACAGAGAACAUAAAAGCCUUUACGGACGAAAUAUCACUUCCACAUAGAGAGAUUGAACACGAACCACAUUAUAAAGAAUUUCGAAAAAUGAUAGGAAUAAACUUAAUCGAUGAAGAGGUAGAAAAAAUAAUCGAACGUGUUCACCUAAUAAUGCCAAGCCGAAGAUUCUCAGGUCAAGAAAAUGUGCAAGAUUACUUCAAUAAAGUAAUUUCGGGAUCACGUAACAAAUUAGCCGAUACGACAACAGCUAUGAGUUUGGGCGGACCUACGGCGGAUGAACCCUGGUCGCCAGAAAAAAAAUUACAAUUUUACAAACGAAUGGCUCAAUUGCGCAUUAAUGAACAUGUGACUACAGAAGCUCAGUUGAAUGACGACUAAGCUGUAAUUGACAUAAUUUGGACGGGACAUACUUUAUCUGCGACAACAUUUGUCCAUUUCAAUCAAUUCAUUUAUUGCUUUAAAUGUAGUAAGUUCACAAUUCUAGAUGGCAAACAUUUAACCAUUUCAGACAUGCAAUAUAUUAUAAACA